ACAACAUUCUAAUUCGCAGCCCUAAACUUCUUCACCUCUCUCGAAUCUCUCUUCCUCCUUCAACAUCAAAUGGAAUUCUGGGGUGCUGAGGUUCAGGCAGGGAAGCCACUUAAAGUGAAACCUGAUGAGGACUCUCUCAUCCACGUUUCACAGGCAUCUCUUGACAAAGGGAAGAAGGGUGAAACUGCUUUGUUGUAUGUAACGGUUGAUGGGAAGAAGCUUGUGAUUGGAACACUUUCUCAGGACAACAUCCCCCAGAUCAGCUUUGAUUUGGUAUUCGAGAAGGAGUUUGAACUCUCCCACACUUCGAAAUCAAGCGUCCACUUCAUUGGAUACAAAUCUCCCAACCUUGAGGAAGAGGAGGAUUACCCUUCUGAUUCAGAAGAAGAGGAGGAAGUAGAGGUUCCUGCAGCUGCAACUGUCCCUACUGUCUCUUCCAAUGGAAAAGCUGCUGCUUCAAGUGUUGCCAAGGCUGUCUCUAAACCAAAGCCUGCUGAAGUGAAGCCUGAAUCAGAUGAGGAUGAGUCUGACGAGGAGGAAGACUCUGAUGAGGAGGAUGAUUCCGACUCUGAGAAAGGAAUGGAUGUUGAUGAGGAUGAUUCAGAUGAUGAGGAAGAUGAUUCUGAGGAAGAGGAGGAGGAUACCCCUAAGAAGCCUGAGCCAACAAGCAACAAGAAGAGGCAGAUUGAAUCUUCAACACCUGUCUCUGCUAAGAAGGCAAAGCCAGCAGUAGCUUCUACCCCUCAGAAGACAGAGGAGAAGAAGAAGGGAGGGCACACAGCUACACCACACCCAGCUAAAAAGGGUGGUGGAAAGAGUCCAAUGAAUGCUAACCAGAGCCCAAAAUCUGGUGGUCAAUCAUCCGGUGGUAACAAGAAGCCAUUCAACAACUCAGGCAAGCAGUUCGGUUCUAACAACAAGAGCAACAAGGGAAAAGGAAAGGGCAGAGCUUAAGAGUGAAGUGGGAGCAAGGAGAUGUUUUUGGUUUUUUAGUAUCUAAGAUGAAAGAGACCGGUUUUAUUUUAUGUUUAUCUUAAGAGAUUUUAUCUCCUUUGGUGAGAAUGCUAUUUUAUGUUAUCGCAAUUUUAAUCUUAUGGAAUUAAGUAUUUGAGAUGGU